AGAGAAUUGAGAGAAACAGUUUGUUAGUAACCAUACAACAAAAAGGAUCCACGAAAAAUUAAAAAAAAAAUUAAAAAAAAAAAAUAAUUUUUCAAAUCAGUAAAAACAAUGUCAAAAACAAAAUUUUUUCAAAAUUUCAAAUACUAAUAUUUCGGAUCAGUGAAAUGAAAAAGUAAUUUUUUUUUUUUUUUGUUUUCUUUUAGCAAAAUGAAAAAAGUGAAUAAAGAGUUAUGACAUCAAAGGAAUUAUCGGAUAUUAUUAAAAGUCAUCGGUUUUUAGUGAAAUUAAGAAAAAAAUUUUAAAUUGUCUCAUUGGAUAGUGAUGAGAGGAACUGAUUAAAAAGUGAAAGUUAGAAAUUCAAAAAAAAAAUUUCAAGUGAUUCGCGUUGAAAUUAUACAUGUUUUUUUAAAAUUAAUUUUUAACAGUAUUUUUUUAAUUGUACAAAAUAUGAAAUUACCAAAAAAAUAAAUAAAUAUAGAAUAUAAUUAAAAAAAUGAUUAACGACUGCUAAAUAAAAUUUUCAGUUUUGUUCAAUUUUUUUUUAAUAAUAAAAACAAAAAAAAAUAAAAAAAAUGGGUUUCAUCGUUCAAACUGUUGUUGCGUUAAUUUUCGUUGGAGCAAUUUUAGGAGAAGAAUGGAAUCUCACAAAUUCCGUGGAAGCAAUAAAUGAUGAUAAAAAAUUAGAUGAAAUCUCAUAUCAUCGAAUAAGAAGUUUACCCGAGACUGAGGACACAUUGACGACAAAUUGGACAACAAUUUCUGAAAUUUUGGAUAUAUUUAAUGUAAAGCAUCUUGCAAGAAAAUGGAUAGAGGGGCAAUAUUCAGUGGAUGCACAAUGUGGCAAGGACAUUACAAGAUAUAUUCAAGGUCUAAAGAAGCAGGAAUUCUGGGCGAUUAAAGUGGACGAUGCAUCUGGACGAUACACAAAUGGUUAUUUUUGGGGAAAUUCAUAUUUCACUGGAUCAGCAACCGAGUGUUAUUUUAUUGGUAAAAGAAAUGAAAAAAGAACAUUUUACUCAACAUCAAAGGAUGAUGGUGUUCAAGAAUUUAAUAACGAACCAAAAAGAAGAAUAAAUGCCGGACAAAGUGGCGUUUCAAAUUCAUUAGAUGAUGCACCCGAUGAUCCUCCUUAUCCAUUAAGCUUUUUUAUAUUAAAAAUUUCAUUAAAUGAAACAUCUCUAACUAUGAAAAAACUUAUUCAUCUGGGAGUGUGUCUUCCAUUCUCAUGUAGUUCAUCGGAUGUUGCUGAAAUAGCAAAACUUGCUGCCAGUGAUGCUGCAUCAAAAUAUUCAUCAGUGGAAAAUGUUCGCGAUCAACGUAAUUAUUACGAUAUUUAUACAGAUUCGGUGUUUUGGGUUUUAUUUGGUGUGAGCGCGGUGGUUUUGGUGCUAAUGAUUGUUGGCACAAGUUACGACGUUUAUCUCACCAAUAGAUUAAUAAAACAACAGAAAGAAUCCUGUGAUGUUGAAAAGCAUGCGAAACUCGAGCAAUUAACAAAUGGCAACCACAAACCGUUAACUGCUUUAGAUGGUAAGGUCUACCUUCCUGUUCCAGUAGGAGAUACUGUCGUUAACGGAUCUAGUCCAGUAAAUAAUAAUAAUGAUCAUGAGGGCAGCCUUCGAUCAUCAACUCCAGAUUGUCAACAAUUGAAUGUUUGUGAAGAAUUGUUACUCUCAUUUUCGGUGAGAGCCAACAUGAAAACAAUUUGCGAUCCAAGCGUUGGCCGUGAUACAAUAAGUACAAUUCAUGGUUUAAGAGCAAUUUCAAUGGCUUGGGUAAUUUUGGGUCAUACAUGUAUUGUUGUCUUUAAAUAUUCUGACAAUAUGGAAUAUCGACGUGUAGUCGAAAAGAAUAUACUCUUUCAAACGGUGACAAAUGGAGCCUUUAGCGUUGACACUUUCUUUUUUAUGGGUGGAUUGCUUGUCAGUUUUCUUUAUUUUCGUACAAAUGCCGAAGGACAUUUAAAUAAACUCACUCAAGGCACACGUGGUUUUGUAGCAGGAUUUUUAAAAUUCAUUGGCUUUCUUGCCUAUCGUUUUUCCAGACUCACAGCACCUUAUAUGUUUGUUUUGGGCGUUGUUGAAGUCACAAUGAAAUGGUUUCAUUAUAAUGCAGUUUUUGAAACACCAACUGCCGAUCAUGAAAAUUGUCCAAAUUAUUGGUGGAGAAAUCUCUUGUAUAUCAAUACACUAUUUCCAGUUGAACAAAUGUGUAUGCUUUGGAGUUGGUACGUGGCAGAUGAUACACAAUUCUAUGUGGUUGGAGCUGUGAUAUUAAUUUUGGCAACAAAUCAUUUUAAAAUCGCAGCAUUCUCAGUGGUAACACUUAUGGUGAGCUCGUGGUUGACAACUGGUUACAUUGCUUUAAUUAAUAAUCACAUGCCAAGCAUUGAUGAUCCACUGGCGUUGUUCGAUAAGAUUUACGAUAAGCCAUGGACCAGAUUGGGACCAUAUCUUAUUGGAAUGUCCGUUGGAUAUUUUCUAUUUAAGACUGAUUGUAAAGUGAAGAUGUCGAAGAUAACAGUUUUUGUUGGAUGGCUGCUGUCUUCAGCUUGUCUUCUAAGUCUUUUGUAUGGUUUAUAUGAAGCUGAACUUUCCCCAAUAACAGCAGCUGCUUAUUCCUCAUUGAGUCAUAGUGCCUGGGCUCUUGGUUUAGCAUGGAUAGUAAUUGCCUGUAGUACAGGAUAUGGAGGAUAUGUAGAUGUAAUUUUAUCAGCACCAAUUUUAUAUCCCUUCAGUAGGGUAACAUAUUGUGCAUAUCUAAUUCAUCCUAUUGUGAUUCGACUUACUGCAAUGUAUGUGGACUCUCCGUUUCAUCUUGGAAAAAAUUCCAUGAUGGUAAUGUUUUUCGGACAAUUUGUUACGUCGUACAUUAUAUCAUUUGUUGUUUCGCUUUCAUUCGAAGCGCCUGUAGUCAGUAUGUUAAAAAUUUUAUCACCGAAAAAACGAAAGCGAAUUCAAUAAGACGUAUAUAAUUUAAUAAGAAAUUCAUUUCAUUUGUUGUAUAGUUCAUUUCAUGUUUUUUUUUUUUUUUUUUUU